AUGGCAGCGACAUCCCAGGCUGCUAAUUUAGUCGAGAAGGCGGUUGGGCACAGCGGCAAUGCCACUGUUACCACAGAUGUGAGCAACUACGCCAAGGGCGGGUAUGGCCAGGAGACCGGGGAGAAGAUCAAGGCUACCAUCUGGCAGGGGAAAAACUCCGUCGAGGUGGUGGAAAUGCCCAAGCCAAGAGUUAUCGAUGAAGGGGACGUGAUUGUCAAGGUCACCGGUAGCACGAUUUGUGGAAGCGAUCUCCACCUGUAUCAUGGUGUCAUUCCUCAACUCGAAAAAGGCGACGUGCUCGGCCACGAAUUCUGCGGUGUGGUGGACAGCGUCGGACCGGGAGCAAAGAAUGUCAAGGUCGGAGAUAGAGUCGUAGCAGCUUUCCCCAUUGCCUGCGGCCAAUGCACCAACUGCAAGAAACAACUGACCUCCGCCUGUGAACGGACCAACGAAAACACCCUCACCAAUGCCCUGUAUGGGAAGCGCACUUCAGGUAUGUUCGGCUACAGCCAUUUCACGGGUGGCUUCGCUGGAGGCCAAGCCGAAUAUGUCCGUGUGCCAUAUGGCGAUCAGAACCUGCUAGCACUUCCCGAUGAUGUCCCUGAUGAGAAGGGUUUGUAUCUCUCCGACGUUCUGUCCACAUCGUAUCACUGUGUGGUCGACACCGGAGUCGACAAGGGCGAUGUGGUUGCCAUCUGGGGUGCAGGGCCGAUUGGCCAAAUGGUGGCCAACUUUAGUUUUCUGCAGGGCGCCAGCCGAGUGAUCCUCAUUGACGGUGGCGAUGCAGCGUGGCGCUUGGACUUUGUCAAGACUAAAUUGCCCAAGGUGGAAACGAUCGAUUUCACUAAGCUGCCUCGUGGUGAAUCCAUCACCUCCCAGUUGAAGAAGGUGGUCCCCGGCGGGCCCGAUGUGGCGUUGGAAUGUGCGUCGGGAGAAUUCGCAAAGGGAUGGGCGCACUACUUCGAGGUUCUCCUGGGAUUGGAGACUGACACCUCGGAGAUGUUGAACGAGAUGAUCACUUCCGUCCGGCCAUUUGGACGGGUUGGCGUUACCGGGGUUUACUCUGGCUUUACCAACCACUUCAAUAUUGGUGCCUUGAUGCAGACUGGCAUCCGCUUGAUCGGCAACGGUCAAGCUCCCGUGCACCGAUACUGGAAGCAUCUCCUGGAGCUCAUCCGCAAGGGGGAGAUCAACCCCUUGGACAUGGUCACGCAUCGAGUACGUCUAGAAGACAUGUCCAGACUGUACGAACUAUUCAAUAGUCGCGAGGGUGGUAUUCAGAAGGCGUUUGUCGUGACCAAGAAUUCUUUCCCCCCUGCCGAAGGAGCGCCCGCUCUGGUUGAGCUGUGA